AGGCAAAGUUACUUGUGAUUACAAGUAAAUUGUCAGGAGUCUAAGCCAAAGGGGAAAAACCAUAAAAAAAUUCUCUUCUGCUUUGGUGGUGCUUCCACUUGGGGCUACCCAGUCUGUUUUAUGCAAGGGGAAUGGGAGCUAACAAAAACAAUUUGUCUGUUGAAACUUGGAAAAAGGUUGCAGGAUUUGUUGGACUAUGACAUUUCCUGCCUGUUUUGUGCUUGGGCCUUACUACCUCUCACUAGAAUAAUUGAACUUCAGAUCUUCCUGUUUCUUGAAAGUAAACACAGAUUUUUCCUCCCCCUUGUUGUACAGGAGUUUGUGCUGUCAGAGGUGACGUCUCCAGCAGAGGAUAGUUUGGAGUUAAUCACACCUUGUAGGAGUGGGAAGUUGUUGAAGAUUUCUGUGGUGGACUUGCACAGAAACCACAAAAUUUCCUGCUCUAGGUGCUUUGUGGAUAAUGGCGAAGAUGGUGAGAACGACAUGUGCGUUUUGUUCAGAAGGGGAGGCUGGCUCUGUGAUGUAUAUCGCCACAGAGAGAAAUAUUGCAGCUCAUCAGGAUUGUCUGUUAUUUUCCUCAGGAUUUGUGGAAUCUGAAGAUCAUAACCCAGAAAAUCUGGAAAUAAGGUUUGAUGUGUCAUCAGUGUUGAAGGAGCUGAGGAGAGGAAAGCGGCUGGCGUGCAGCUUCUGCCGCAAGAAGGGGGCCACGGUGGGCUGCGAGGAGCGCACGUGCCGCAGGAGCUACCACUUCUUCUGCGCCCUCUGCGAUGAUGCCGCCGUGGAGACCGACGAGGUCAACGGCGUCUACAGAGUGUUCUGCCCAAAACAUGACCCAGGAAAUCGGACCAAUCGCUAUGAUGCAGCUAAUAAGAAAAGAAGACGUACGUUGACAUCUCCCACCAUCACAGAAGAAAUGAGUACAGAAGAGACAGCAGAAGAAAACAGUUUACGAAUCCUAAAAAGAAAAAACAACAGGCAUAAAGUUCGGAUAGACUUUGUUAGGAAGUGCAAACAAGCUGGGCUUCUGGAUGAUAUAUUUGAAGAAAUGCUGGACACACUCCAUCUGGCUCAGGAAAAGCUGAUGGAUGACAACACUUCAGAAAGAGAGUAUGAAGAGACCGUGAUGGCACUGUUUGACUGUGGACUGUUUGAAAACAUACUGACAAAUAUUUAUUCAGGAACAGAAGAAAAAAUCCAGAAACUUCUGGAAAACAGAAAAAGACUGGAUCACGAGAUUGAGCUACUGCAGGACUUAAAAGAAGUCAUCCUUUCUACUCCAGAGAACAUGGCCAGUACAUCCAGUACAGCAUCUGAAUAACCCCUCUCUGUGAUGGUGCAAUUGUUAGGAAUUUUAAUGAUAAAAACCAUAGACCAGUCCGGUCAGUGCUCAAUUCCCCAGCCCCAAGAUGAGGGCUGAAUGGGUGCAAGAAUGUGGUGUUAUACUCAUUUUUAUACCUCACUGUUGCAAUAAUUUAAAGUCCUUCAAGUUUUCAAAUUUUCCUGUUCAAAUUUUUCCCUGUUUCCACUAGAAAUUUCCACUUAUAUUGCACAAUGGAAUAUAAAUGACUGUUACUAACUAAAUUUAGCUUUUGCAAAAACUCAACAGAACCCUCCAGGGAAGACUUUUUUUCUCAAAGCCAGGGGAGUGUUCAGCUGCCACAGAACUCUUGCUAAAUUCACUUAAACUAUGGGAGCCCUCUCCUGCCUGGGCAGUAGUGCCUCGCUGUCUGUGUCUAUUCAGUGAUGUUUGAAGGAUCAUAGUGCUGCUUUGGCUUUCCCAAAAAAAUAAAUGAGCAGGACCUGCACUCAAAGAAGCCUUCUGGAUUAUAAACAGGAGUCUAAUUUAAAAAGCCAAAUUAUUCUUUAUUGACUGGUCAAGGUGCACUGUUUCUGCUAUACUGGCAAUGGUAAAGCAGUAUAGCAGAAAAGGGCAGGCAGACCAGAAAGGGUUGGGCAUUGCACUCAGAACAAGUACAAUGUCAAAUGGAGCAAAACAGUGACUGACUCUUCCCUUCUCCAUUAAAAAAGGAUUCAACUUUUGUUUUGUCUUUAAAAUAUUGUUUGAAUACAGAAAAGCCACAAUAGGCUAAGUUAAUAAAAUAAAACAUUUUUUAAAGGA